CUCCAAUCUGUGUUGUUUUGAGCCACACUCUUUCAUCUGCUGCUUUCAGGGCUGAUGAGAGCUCCUUGUCUUUCUGGGUCUGCUGCAGCUGCUGUGUGAGACGCAGUCGAGCUGUGGCAUGUCCGCAGUCCGGCAUCCGGAGCUCAGCCCAUUCUUAACUCGUGUGCUUGUGUAAUGGUUUUAUCAUCAUGAUAUCCGCAUGGGUGUCAGUGAUUGUAAUGCUGGUGGUGCUAGUGAAUGAAGUGAAGAAUGAGGACGUCAGACGGCCGUGUGCCCACAUCCAGACACCCAGCUCAGUGGUGGCCCUGGGGUCACCAGUCACAGCCACCUGCGUCAUCAGCGACAACUGCCUUCAGGCCAUUGGACAAGCUGUUCGUGUAGAGUGGCGCCUCGGCGGUCGCCUACUUCCCAGCAGCCCCGCGGCCAAUCAGAGCGACAGGGUUUCUGAGGUUGUGAUACCGAGCUUCAAUCACACCAGGGCCUUCCUCACCUGCUGCGUGCAGACCUCUCCCUCUCAGGUCGUAGGAGGAGUGGAGAUCAGAGCUGGAUAUCCACCAGAAGCACCACAGAACCUCAGCUGUCAGACUAACCUCACCACCCCGGAAACCCUGACCUGCAGCUGGGCCGCUGGGCAGCAGAACACCCACCUCCCCACCCAGUACACCCUCCAUACCGAGAUCCAGGAUUCAAACGAGAACUUUAUCUACAAGCCCCCGACAGAUGUCCACCACUUCACCAUCCCUCGCUCCGGCUUCGUCCUGUACUCUGAUAUUAAAAUAUAUGUGAAGGCGUCAAAUGAACUUGGAGAGGCAACUUCAGAGCCCGUCGUAAUGGAGCCCAUCAGUGCAGCUAAGUUUGACCCACCAAGGAUUCUGAAGGCGGAAGCUGUGCCUAAACGACCCGGUUGCCUGAGGCUGAGCUGGAGCUUAUCAAAGCACCAGGUCUGGCUGCUUGACAUCAACCUGAACCUGGAAGUCCAACUCAAGACUGCUGAGAGCCAUCAAUGGAGUGGACCACCAAUCCUGGUGAGCCGGGUUAAACAAACCAGACCUUUGGACCAGUGCCGCCUGCUCCAUGGGACUCAGUACUGUGCCCGGAUUCGAGUCAGACACCAGCAGAGCCCCUGGAGCGAGUGGAGCAGCAGCCAGUGCGGAGUCACCUUGGAGACGGCUCCCACUGGACGCCUCGACUGGUGGAUGAAGCUAUCAGGGGAUCCCAUGCACAAACAACUCAACAUACACUUGUUUUGGAAGCCAUCAAAACAAUUCCGCGCUAACAGCCAAAAUGUGUCAUACAUCGUCUCGGUGCAAAAAGCGCCAGGUGAAAAGGGAAAGUUGUGCGCUACGAUGGGGAGCUACUGUACUUUCCAGCUUCCUGGAAGAGCAAAGAGAGUGUAUCUGAGCGCUGUAAACGCAGUCGGGAAAUCCCCCCCCACUGAGGUUCGCAUUUACAAACAUAAAGCUCUUACAGUGAUAUCAGACAUCUCAGCCGUUCCUCAGGAUGACAGAGCCUUUCUGGUCCAGUGGAAAAACACGGAUACCUCCAGUCUCAUUGGUUAUGUGGUUGAAUGGAGACCUCUGCUAACAACAGACCUCUCCCUCACCCAGUUUGAAAUGGCAGACAGAAGCCAGUCCAGCCUCAUUAUAACAGGAAGCUUUGAGCCCUACAAGCCCUAUGGGAUCUCUGUGUAUCCGCGGUUUAAGGAUGGGAUAGGCCUUCCUCAGACUGUUAAUGCCUACUCAAGACAAAAGGCUCCGUCCAUGGUUCCAAAAAUACAAAUUAAAAAGAUGUGGCACUCGCAUAUUGAGCUCACCUGGGAUGAGAUACCAUUAGAGCAAAGAAAUGGGAUCAUCCAGAGCUACAAAAUUUUCUACUGGGACCAGAAGGGUCCCAUUAAUGUUGUGAAUGCUGACCCGCAGGAGAGAAGGGUGAUCCUGAAAAACCUCAAAGCUGUGACUGUGUAUGAAGCGUUCAUGAUGGUGAGCACGGCCGGUCGGAGCCUGAACGGGUCGAGGAUUCACUUCGAAAUCGAACCCUUUGAUGCUGUGACCAUUGUGAUGAUUUUAAUUGCGUCUGGUGUUGGACUCUCACUUCUGAUCAUUUUCUCGGUCCUGACUUGUUUCUCCAACCACAAAAGGCUGAAGGGGCAACUUUGGCCGAUUGUUCCUGAUCCUGCUAAUAGCAGCAUUAAGAGAUGGACAUCAGAGACAUCACAGUAUAUUCAUCCUGCCAGGGACAGGGACGAGCCCAAUCCAGUUUACCUGUCCCACCUCAGUUUCCUUGACCUCCCAAUGAAACUAAACAAACAAGAGGAUGAUCAUUGGCUGAGCAGCACAGAGGACACCAGUGACCUGGGAGAGUCCAUUUGUGGUUCACCCUUCAUCCCUGGAUACACGGGUUCGAACAGCGACUCUGUUCCCUAUGCCACUGUGAUGUUCUCUGAUCCGUGCAGCAGCGCUCCGCCCAAAGAGUCAAACGUCUAUCUGCGCUCUGAGUCCACGCAGCCGCUCCUGGAGACGGAGGAGUCCUUCAGUCCUGAAUACUACCAGAAUAUGGCGACUGAUGGGACGCCAAGGGAGCAGUGUUUCUUCGGUCCAGGGCAUGAUUGUGUCGUCGAAGAAGGGGUGGACCCAGUUAUCAUUUGGGACGACUUUCCUUUUCUGCGAGCAUUAGCUAUGAAUGAUACUCAAAAUGACUAAAAGUUAUUUUUUACUGAUAAUAAGAAUAACUGCUUUGCCAGAUAGCCGUGUUUUUGUAAUCAGUAGAUUGUGUUAGACUGAUCCAUAGUAGCAUACAGCUGUGAAUAAAUGUUUUGGAAUGCUGAAAAUUAAACUGAUUAUGAAGCCGAUGUUUUAGCUGUACAACAAUAUCACCUCUUUUAGGAAAUCUGUUUUUUACCCAAAAAUGUUAUUACAUUGUUGAGAUGACAUUGUUGUCGUUAUAUAACAUGAAAUUGUUCAUAAAAGAAGAAGAAAUGUAAUUUUAUGCUGACUGUUAUACCUGAACAUGUUUACCCACAGUGCUACCAGAAAAGCAGUUCCCUGUAGCAAAUGGAUGGAAAUUAAAAUGGAAGUGGAGCUGCGUGUAAAAACAUGGUGAAGUAAAGCAAAAUGUUCACUCAACAAAGCAGCCUGAGGUGAUUUCAGGUAAAGAGAAACACUUUCUAGGAAAUUGAUUUGAGACCAAAUUAAUGUCACUCAGGUUUUUUUUCAUUUUCUUUUCCUUUUCAUUGAAACAUGUCUGAAGUUCUCAAAUCAACUCAAAUAUGAUCCUUAGGGUAAACUCUGAUGUUAGUGGUGCAACUAUUAUUUACUCAUAUUUCAGUGUAACCUCAAAUGCUCUAUACCUCAAUUUACUUGUGAAAGUUGGAGGAAAAUGAUUUUAAACUGUGUGAAUGGAUUAAAAUUCAUUGACGGAAA